AGAUCAAAAGUGGCCAUUUCCCUGCGAGCUUGAGACCUGAAAAUGCCCCUGUUAUCAAAAGAAGCCUGUUGGUUUGAUGUUUGACAAACUAUUUUCAUAGAGAAGUGCUGUUUUGCAACUGAAGCUCUAUAGAUAUUGACUAUGGCUGGGAUCGACAUGGAGGGAUCGUAUUACAUGACCAAAGGGGCAAGUAGAGGAGAUGUCCCGUUGGAUGAAGGGGCGGAGUGGGAGUGGCUACCCUCCCAGCUCUGCGCUGACCUGACCCUCCUUAUCCUGGAAGGAAGGCAGCCUGAAUGGUCAGUUAAAGGACGGACCGAAGGUGACCACUGUCCACCUGCUCAAGGGACUUCUAUGCAUCAUUGUCAGCGAGACAAGGAAACGUGUGGUCAGAUUGCAUCCGUCGCUGCAUACAUCAGUUUCUUGUGUCGCAAUGAUAUUCCCGUCUCUGUUGAGGUCCUGCUCUAUCCAGACUGUUGCUAUGGUACCCAGAACCGCAUCGAGGUGGGGGCAUCUGCAGAAGGGGGCAAGGAACAGGUUCCAGGACUACAGGAAUAUGUGGUCCUGGAACAGUGGAUUAUUCAAAUCCUACCAAAGAGGUAGGUCCCGUAUAUUUGGUCAUGUUAGAAGACUUGGUUGAAACACUGAUUCCCUGACGGCUACAGCCAUUUCCAUGUGUUAAUGCAAGCUGUGAGAUCUUUUCUUCAUUUUUCUCAGCUCGGUGCUUGGCUUUGUAGUACUCAAGGGAGAGCGCCUGCAAAUAUAGUGUACAGAGUUUGUGCUCAUGGGGAAUCGUUUGCAGAAAACACCAAGGUUCAACCUGAGCUUCACACCUUCCCAUUCCUCAACAUCUCAAAAACAAGCAGUCUCCAAGUGAGUGUAGCAUCAUUACCACGGCAACAAAGUAUCCCUCAGCCUACCUGCUUUCUUCCGAUCCACAACAAAAGGAACUUCAAAAAGACAAAGAUUUUCAAUGAAUGUGAGACAAGUCAUAAACAUAGAAGCAGUGAGGAACAUGGCAGUCCAAACUACUUUUGUGGCACACAGCCGAGUGGUCCUCCACAGGACAGGCAUGACAAAGCGUAUGGUUUGCAGGAAAGAAGUGAAUCGUAUGACAGGCAGAGAAGACAAACCCGGGAGCUUCAUGGUGAGAGUGAAAAGCCUAACGUGCACAGACAAUUUCCAGGUGUUGGUGAGAGUGAUUCAAGGAGGGGAUCACUGGAGCAGGAGUGGGGGUUUGAGGCAAUACAGCAGAAAAAAGCUCAAAUGAGGAACAGCAAUAAGUUGAGAGACAGUCCUAAAUUGAUCAGGACUUUUCCAAGUGCAUACAGGACAGAGUACAGCCAACUGCCGGGAGAGGCUGAGAAGGUGCCCGAGUUGUCCCAAAGUACAAGGUCAGGGAGUAUAGAAGAUAUCUUCACUCCUCUCACAUCAUUGUUAGAUGUUAAGAACCUGAAUACGGCAGACAGAAUUCAUGAUAUAGUGUGUGAAAAUGUUAAGGAAGCAGAGGAUAUGAAAUACCAUGAGAAGCUGGUAGAACUAGAGGAAGGUUUGUCAUCACUGAAAUUACAUCACAUACCAGCUACACCUUGCAAUGUGUAUUGCACUCCAGAAAUAGAUAGCACUGAAUCACGAAGCACUUCUAUAUGUUCAACAGAUAGUGAUCAAGGAAUCGUUUUUACUGCAGGACCAUCGUCUGACGUCUCUGAUGUCUUCACUUCAGAGUGGGAGGAGAAUGAAAUACUCCAAUCAGAAAAGAAGGAAAGGCAAUAUUUAGAAGACUUAUGCGUAUACAAAGAGGAGGGUUUGAAAUGUGAAACAGAGGAAGGAUCGAACGAUAUGUAUGAUGAACAUGCAGACUCUCAAGAUCAAGGUUUGUUUGAUUUUGAUUCAAAAUAUCAGUAUCGAUCUCAUCUUGAAAGAAGUAUGCAUAUGACAUCAUCCAAUACCAGCUUAGAUUCAUGCACCUACUCACACCUGCAUGGCUCUUCAAACUCUUUGGUCUCCCUCUGCAAUGAGAUAUGCCACCAGCCCAAUGCUGAUCUGUGCUAUAUCCCCAGCGACGGUGCUAGAGUAUCAGUGGAGGAGUGUGCAGCGCGCAGGCGACAUGUGAGCGGGAACUCCCAGGAUGGUUUUGAGUCGGGCAGGAGUGCCAGCUGUGAGACCCUGACAAACCAAAGUGCAAUACAGAGUGAUGGCAGUGAAAGUCAGCGUUUCAAUGCUGCCAUCUUUAAGAACAAAGCUCUCCAGGACUCCAACUCCGUCAAGUCUUCCCCUUCUUCUUCGCCCAUGGCUUCACCGAGGAGGGCGAUGCGCUCAAGAGCGUGUGGCACAGGGUGGGCAGAUGAUUUCAAGCCAAAUAUUUCUGCUCCGUUCAGCAGUAACGGGGUUGUGCCUCCAGUGAAGGAAGAGAAAGAGAACUCUGAAAGUGCUUUUCAGUUUCCCCCACCAGACAAGGGAAAGUCUCUACUCAGGAAUGUACUCAGCAAAACUCAUCAAGUUGAAGAGGCUAAAACGGAGAUAGGCCGCGUUGUUCCAAAGGAAUCUGGUGCUAAAGCUUGCAUGAGGAGAUCCUUAGAUGGAUCCAGCCCAUAUGUGUUCCAUCCAAGAACCGGUCUCCCGAUCAAUUCUAGUCCAGCCCCACUGAGGAAAGCCAAGACAACCAGUGACUGCCCUUCACUACUUAAACCCAUAGGUCUAACAAGCUCUCCUUCGUGCAAUAAUUUGGAGAAACCCAGCUCUUUGCUUCUAGGUCAUCCAAUGCGAAUGCUGAGUACUAGUGCUCCUGCUUCUAGCUGCCUUCUAGGAAACUUUGAGGAGUCUGUACUGAAUGGCAGGUUAGAGCCGUUGGGUACCAUUAAUGGUUUUACUGCAGAGAUUGGUGCAAGCGGUGCCUUCUGUCCAAAACACAUAUGUCUACCUGUUACAACUUUCUUCUAUAGUGUGUGUGAUGACGAUGCCCCAUCUUCAUACUUUGGUCACAUUAACCUUGAGGGUUUGGGCAAAAGAGGAUAUCAUGUGCCUAGCAGUGGCACGAUACAAGUGACCCUCUUCAAUCCAAACAAGACUGUAGUGAAGAUGUUUGUGGUUCGCUACGAUCUGAGUGACAUGCCAUCCAACUGUCAGACCUUUGCUCGUCAGAGGAUCUUCUACAUGCCUAGUGAUGUGGACAUCAAUGAUGAAUGUGACAAGGAACUUCGCUACCUCAUGCAUCUAAGAUUUCUGACGUCCAAGUCAGGCAAGGUCUACCUCCAUACAGACAUCCGUAUGAUCUUUGCCAGACACACCCCAGAUCUGGAGUCCAGUUUUGGUACCUUUGAGUUGCGUUCCUUUACUGAAGUCCCCACUAACCCAAGGUUCUCGCCAAAGAAAUAACCCCUUACUGAUUCCUCAGAGACUCCUAGAUAGAUAGGUUUGAUAAAUGGUGUAACUUGGCAGUGUAAUUUCCUCUUUGAUACUGUUGAGUUGUGUUCCUUCACUGAAGUCCCCACAAACUCAAGGUUCUCACCAAAGAAAUAACCCCUUUCUGAGUCUUAUGAAGUCUUCAGAGGCUCCUAGAUGGAUAGAUUUAAUAAAUGGUGUAACUUGGCAGUGUAAUUUCCACUUUGAUACUUUUGAGUUGCGUUCCUUCACUGAAGUCCCAACAAACCCAAGAUUCUCACCAAAGAAAUAAUCCGUUCCUGGGUCUUCAUGAAGUCUUCAGAGGCUCCUAGAUAGAUAGGUUUAAUGAAUGAUGUUGGCAGUGUGAGUUCCUCUACAUGUAUGAAAGUACAUCUGGCUUUAUUGCCUGCUGAUUAUUUCACAAAAUGUUUGAUGGAAUUUUUUCCAAAUUCAGGUUUU